UGAAGCUGGCUGAGGAGGAAGUGAGAAGAGGAGGUGAGUGAGGUGCAGCAAGGAGCCUGUGACACUGGGGUCCAGGGCACAAUGGCCCAGGCCCUGGGGGAGGACCUGGUGCUGCCAUCAGAGAUACAGGAUGAUUCUAGCUCUCUAGGGUCUGACUCGGAGCUGAGUGGGUCCAGUCCAUAUCGCCAGGCUGACCGAUAUGGCUUCAUUGGGGGCAACGCAGCAGAACUGGGGCCUAGCCAACCCCCUGCAGACCUCAUCCGUCAGCGGGAAAUGAAAUGGGUGGAGAUGACCUCACACUGGGAGAAGACCAUGUCUCGACGAUACAAGAAGGUAAAGAUGCAAUGCCGGAAGGGCAUCCCCUCAGCCCUGCGGGCCCGGUGUUGGCCCCUGCUGUGCGGGGCCCAGAUGUGCCAGAAGAGCAACCCUGGCACCUAUCAGGAGUUGGCAGUGGCCCCUGGAGACCCACAGUGGAUGGAGACCAUUGGCAGGGACUUGCACCGCCAGUUUCCUCUGCAUGAGAUGUUUGUGUCACCCCAGGGACAUGGGCAGAGGGGCCUGCUGCAGGUUCUCAAGGCCUACACCCUGUACCGGCCAGAGCAGGGCUAUUGCCAGGCUCAAGGCCCUGUAGCUGCUGUGCUGCUCAUGCACCUACCCCCAGAGGAAGCCUUCUGGUGUUUGGUGCAGAUCUGCGAGGUCUACCUCCCUGGCUACUAUGGGCCCCACAUGGAGGCGGUACAACUGGAUGCUGAAGUGUUCGUGGCCCUUCUGCGGCGGCUGCUCCCACGUGUGUACAAGCACCUGCAGCAGGUGGGCGUUGGGCCCCUGCUCUACCUGCCCGAGUGGUUCCUGUGCCUCUUCACCCGCUCGCUGCCCUUCCCCACAGUGCUGCGCAUCUGGGAUGCCUUCCUUAGUGAGGGGGCCAAGGUACUGUUCCGUGUGGGGCUGACACUGAUGCGCCUGGCGCUGGGCACUAUAGAACAGCGCACAGCAUGCCCUGGGCUCUUGGAGACACUGGGGGCCCUUCGAGCCAUCCCCCCCUCCCAGCUGCAGGAAGAGACCUUCAUGUCCCAGGUUCACAGUGUGGCUCUGUCUGAGCGAGAUCUGCAACGGGAAACCAGGAUCCAGCUGGCCCAUCUGCCCAAGUCAUCACCUGGCCCAGCACCUCUGCCACAGGCCCGCCUUCCUGGGGCCCAAGCCAUCUUUGAAUCCCAGCAGCUGGCAGGGGUUCGAGGAAGCACCAAACCUGAGAUACCCCGAAUAGUGGUACAGCCUCCAGAGGAGCCUAGGCCACCACGGCGCAAGCCACAGACCCGCGGCAAGACUUUCCAUGGGCUCCUGACAAGGUCCCGGGGAACCCCUAUCGAGGGCCCCUCUAGGUCCCACCGAGGCUCCGCCUCUUUCCUGGACACCCGUUUCUGAGUGUGCAAUGUGCACUUAGUGUCAUCAUGUCUUAAUCAUCUCAACAGCCAUGCCAGUCCCAGAAAUGUGCAUUGCACUUCUGAGCUGCGUGACUCUGCUCUGUUCCCAUCAAGGACCACCUAGAGGAGGGGAGCAACUCCCCACUUUAAGGACUGUGUCAGGCACAAAGAUAAAGGACCGUCACUGAGUGGAGCAUGUGGGGAGUGUCCCGUACCUGACAUUGCCAGCAUCAAAACCAGCACUGAAGGAGUGUGGGGUGAAGCUUCUGACUGGGAUAGGUGCCCGUGGGCUUCUUGUUGGGGAACCCCAAAUAAAGCCUGACUGAGAAGAUA